CCAUGCACAUGUUCAGACAUCUAGUGUCGCAUUUUACGAAUGUUGAAAGUACGAAGUUUUGUUCCGGUGUACUCUUUUCUUGUGUGCAUGUUAAUAUUUAAAUGAGAAUAUGUGGAACGUAUUUAGUAUUCUAUGUACCUUGUGAUGUGAAUUAGUUUGUGAAGAUCUGGAGGAUUUUGUAAAAUGGGCAUCUAAAGAAUGACCAUGCAAACUAACCCAACAAAAUCAUACCAAGAGAGCUGUAAUCAGAAACGAAGCCAACCAAAAUGGUCAUUCGUUGGCACCACUGUGGGUCUGGCGAACGGCGUUCAUUAUCACAACGGUCCUUCUGCUGGUGCAUACAACAUCGACGUCACAAAGUGGAAGGCGACGGCUGCGUCGACCUACCUCGUCCACACCGUCGUCCAGUAUGAAGAGUCGGGACCAGGAGACGUCAGCGAGUGUGAACCGGUUCAAAGUCAGGAACCGGAUCACACCCACAGUCACUAGCAUUCGCAAGAGUGGCGUAGGCAGCACUGCGGUCGCCGCCGACGAGAAGGACGGAUACAAGGUCGUUUGUUACUACACUAACUGGUCCCAGUACAGAACGAAACAUGGCAAAUUCCUGCCUGAAGACAUCGAGCCUGAUCUUUGCACUCACAUCAUUUUCGCAUUCGGGUGGCUCAAAAAGGGCAAGCUGUCCUCGUUCGAGUCGAAUGACGAGACGAAAGACGGGAAAGUUGGUCUCUACGAGAGGAUUAUGACGCUCAAGAAGGCAAAUCCCAAGCUGAAGAUCCUCCUGGCUAUCGGUGGGUGGUCUUUUGGCACGCAGAAGUUCAAGGUCAUGUCCGCGACGAGGUACGCUCGUCAGACCUUCAUUUACAGCGCCAUCCCGUUCCUCAGGGACCGCGACUUUGACGGCCUGGACAUGGAUUGGGAAUAUCCAAAGGGAACUGAUGAUAAGAAGAAUUUCGUUUUGCUCCUGAAGGAACUGCGGGAAGCUUUCGAGGCUGAGGCGCAGGAGGUCAAGAAACCUCGCCUGCUCCUGACAGCCGCUGUACCUGUUGGCCCAGACAACGUUCGAGGGGGCUACGAUGUUCCUGCAGUAGCCAGUUACUUGGAUUUCAUCAACCUCAUGGCGUACGAUUUCCACGGCAAAUGGGAGAGAGAGACGGGACACAACGCGCCCCUGUUCGCUCCCAGCUCAGAUUCUGAGUGGCGUAAACAGCUAUGCGUCGAUCACGCGGCCUCCAUGUGGGUGAAGCUGGGAGCGCCCAAGGAUAAACUCGUCAUCGGCAUGCCGACAUACGGCAGGACCUUCACCCUGUCCAACACCGCCAACUUCAAAGUGAAUGCUCCGGCCAGUGGCGGAGGAAAAGCUGGAGAUUACACCAAGGAAGGCGGAUUCCUUGCCUAUUACGAGGUGUGUGAAAUGCUGAAGAACGGGGCUUCCUACGUGUGGGACGAUGAGAUGAAAGUACCGUACGCGAUUCAGGGAGACCAAUGGGUAGGAUUCGACGAUGAACGCUCAAUCAGGAACAAAAUGCGAUGGAUUAAGGACAACGGAUACGCUGGAGCCAUGGUCUGGACCGUGGACAUGGAUGACUUCACGGGAUCCAUCUGCGGUGGACGUGUCAAGUACCCGCUCAUCGGAGCCAUGAGGGAAGAACUCAGAGGAAUUCCCCGUGCAGACAACGCGAAGGACGUGGACUGGAGCAGGGUUGCCAACUCAAUCAGCAUAGAAACGACCACGAAGCCACCGCCUAUCAAAAUAUCAGUCAGCGAGGUACUGAAAAGAGUCAGGCCACAGAAACAAAACACUGACGCCUCUGCGCUCCAGAAUGUCGUUGAUCCACACGUACGUGGGCCUCAAGUGUUCUGUUACAUGACCAGCUGGUCCCAGAAGAGGCCAGGUGCUGGAAAGUUCACUCCUGACAAUGUUGACCCGUCGCUUUGUUCUCACCUGAUUUAUGCCUUUGCAACUCUCAAGGACCACAAGCUAGCUGCUGCAGAUGAGAAGGACAUUGAGAUGUAUGGCAGAGUGGUAGCCUUGCGUGAGAAGAAUCCCAGUAUCAAGAUUCUGUUGGCUAUUGGUGGAUGGGCAUUUGGAUCUACUCCAUUCAAAGAACUCACGUCCAAUGUUUACCGAAUGAAUCAGUUUGUGUAUGAGGCCAUCGAGCUACUAAGAGACUACAAGUUUGAUGGACUGGAUGUUGACUGGGAAUACCCCAGAGGAGCUGAUGAUCGGGCUGCCUAUGUAAACCUGCUCAAGGAGCUACGUGUGGCAUUUGAAGGUGAGGCUAAAAGCUCAGGAGAGCCUCGCCUCCUGCUCACAGCUGCAGUUCCAGCUAGCUUUGAGGCCAUUGCAGCAGGUUAUGAUGUUCCGGAGAUUUCCAAGUACCUGGACUUCAUCAAUGUGAUGACAUAUGACUUCCAUGGACAAUGGGAGAGACAGGUGGGGCAUAACAGUCCCAUUUAUCCACUGGAGAGUGCCACUAGCUACCAGAAGAAGCUUACCGUUGACUUCAGUGCACGUGAAUGGGUGAAGCAAGGAGCCCCUAAGGAGAAACUUAUGAUUGGUAUGCCGACAUAUGGUCGCUCCUUUACCCUUGUUGAUCCCACAAAGUUUGAUAUUGGUGCCCCCGCCUCUGGAGGUGGCACUCCUGGCAAGUACACUGGCGAAGCAGGCUUCAUGUCUUAUUAUGAGGUGUGCGAUUUCCUGCAUGGGGAAAACACAACCCUUGUUUGGGACAAUGAACAGCAAGUGCCGUUCGCAUAUCGUAAGGACCAGUGGGUUGGCUUCGAUGAUGAGCGGAGUCUCAAGACAAAGAUGGCCUGGCUGAAAGAAGAGGGUUUUGGAGGUAUCAUGAUUUGGUCGGUGGAUAUGGAUGACUUCCGUGGACAGUGUGGAACUGGCAAGUACCCACUGAUUAGCGCAAUGAGGCAGGAACUGGAAGGUUACACUGUGAAACUGGAGUAUGAUGGACCAUAUGAGGGUACUGCUGGAGGUGGAGCUUACACUACUAAAGACCCUACAUCAGUGGUUUGUGAAGAGGAAGAUGGUCAUAUCUCAUACCACCCAGACAAAGCAGACUGCACGAUGUACUACAUGUGCGAAGGAGAACGGAAACACCACAUGCCUUGCCCUUCCAACCUGGUGUUUAACCCCAAUGAAAAUGUGUGUGACUGGCCAGAGAAUGUAGAGGGUUGUAUGCACCAUACUCAAGCUCCACCCACAGCUAAGAGGAAAUAGGGAUGUUUUGCAAGAUAAAUUUCACAAAACUGAAAAAAAAGACAAUGAAGAAAUCAGAAAUAUUUGGGAGGAUACUCAACUUUGGACACUGUCUUGAAGCAGUUUUAUUAUAUUACCUAUCAGUGUUCAUGUGUGGAAGCUGGUUUAUUACUCUUAUGACAAAAAGCUUGAUCUGUCAUAAUAAAAAGAUAGGAAGCAAACCGUUUGCUGUCAGCAGCUAAUUUAGACACGAAAAAUCAUCAAGAUGCUUAAAAAAUGUAUGGUUUCCUUCACAGAUGUUUUCAAAUCUACAACCAUGGCUCUAAUUGACAUACAGUAAUAUUUACAAAAUAACUGCAAUGCUUGAAUUUUAACAAGUUCUGAUAUACAGAAAGUCCUUUUUGUAUAUCCUAUAAAUUAAGCUUCAUGUUACAGUUAUGUGAUAUUUAUUAGAUAUGUCUCAUAUGAAUAAAAAAAUCAGGUUUAUCAGUUACAUUUAUCCAGUUUCUAGUUAAAAUAAACAUUUAAAGUUCUUUUUUUCAGAUAGGUAUAAACUAUAUGACCAAGAAAUUGCAAAAAUAAAAAAAAUGUGGGUUUGCAAUUUUAUGCGAAUUCUAAUUUUAUACUUCCAAGUAUUAACAUUUGUUUUCCCAAGUAUGAGUAUGUUGCAGUGUUUAUAAUUUCUGUUUAUAUCAAAACAUAACGAGGCACAAAGAUUUGUUAAAGUAUGGAAGAACUAUAAAUGUGUGCAUACAGAAACACUAAUAAUAAGAUCUCGUCAAAGUUAUUAAAUACAGCACACAACUUUUAAUAACAGACAUCUUCAGGUUAACUGUUGUGCAACCAACUUAAUAAACAUAGGAGACAAAGGCUUCAUUUUAUUAUGUUGCCACUGCUAAAAAAAUAUACAUCUCAGGAUACAAACUGAGGAUACUGCAAGCAACACAAAGCAGAAAAAUAUUUGUGUUACUUAAAUGUUGUAAUAACAAAAAUUCAAAUUAUCUUCUUAAGAUCAUUUUAAAGCUUGGUGAUUUUAAAAUUGCCCUUAAGACUGUUAAAGAAGUCAAUUACACAAUCUGAAAUAUUCAGACCAUAUCUAUAAAGGAGAUACACAAAUUAUGGUUUGUUUGCAAAAACAAAUAUGAAAUUAUAUUUUUAGUAUCAAAAUUAAUCACAAAAUUACAUAAUAAAAAUAUUCCUUGUUUGUAACUGACUUCUGUUACAGAUUACGAUUUCUGGUCGGUUUAUUUCAUGACGAAUCCCGAGACUGUAAAUAUUUUACUGAUCUGGUAGUUGACCUGGUUUGGAGUCAAUCUGUUGCAAGGCCUCUAACAAAAUAGCACAGGAAUAUGGAAGAAACAUGUCCCUAGCAGAACACAAAUUUGUUAUUGCAGUCGGAGAAAAGUUCAACAUUGUGCAUGCUUAAAAAAGGCCAGAGGAAUUUGGAAAUAACAGAUACAUGUUAAAAUUAACUAUACUACAGUGUGUCCUUAAAUUUCCUACAUAUUUACAGGAUCAUACAUAGGCCGACGUUGUUAUAAAGAUAACGUCACACAUGCUGGAGAAUGUGUUCUGCAGUGCAGCUGAAAUAUCUGUUGUGCAGAGAUACUGAUGGUGCUCAUACAGAAUACAAUACAUAAGUUUUAUUAAUAAAUAUACUUCUGUUUAAACUUACUGUAUUAUCUAUCCCAUGUUGCUCUGAUAUUAACAUAAAUGGUAGGAAUUUCAUGGACACCAAUUUUAAAGUACAAUUCUUUACUUCUUGGAAGUAUAAUUAUAAUGCUGCAUUUGUGACAUGAUUAUACACGAAUUUUAGGAACAACUGUUUCCAUUCUCCAUUCUAGUUCCAUGGAUUUCAUAGAGAGCAGAAUCCCUUUCAGACAUUAAUGCCUUUAUUUUUACUGAAACAUGAAUCAAAAAUGCUUUCCUUGUUGUGCAUAAGUGUUCAGGCCACUAUAAUAAAAAUGUCAACAGUACAUUUUUCCUGACAUUGGUCAUUCCAUUUAAGUAUUUUGUCAUUAUGUCACAGGAAGAUAUCAGUGUGUUGUUGCCACGGUGUUAAGUUAUAAAGAUUUACUUUCUUGGUUUUUACAAAUAAGAUGUAAUUUUGCUGUCUACAAACCAAUUCAAGUGUCAGUACAAAAAAAAAAAAAGUCGUUGCCUAUAGAAGAUUCUUCAUGAAAUGGAAGGUAACAUUUUGUUGAUGGAGUCUGCUGAUAAUGCAGAAGAUUGUAUCGAGAUUAAGCAUGCGGCUUUAAUCCAAGAUUAAAAUGUACAGGACAUUACUUUUGUUGCGAAUUGGAAUAAUGUGUACAUAAUAAAACAUAUUUUAAGAAACAUA